GCGUGGAACUAUUAGUGCCAAACGUCCAGUUUGCCGACCCUUCAUCUCCAGCCUGUGGGGCCACAGCUCUCCAGACAGGUCAGAGGUCAUCUACGACAUGAUGCCAGCCAGCCACCUGCCCAUCCUGCUCUCCCUGAGCACCCUGCUGCUGUCUCCGCUGCUCACCGGCUCCUUGGCCUUAUUCCCUGGACAGCCGACCAACUUCCAGGUUGGUGAGGUGUCAGACACGAGUGUUGAGCUAACAUGGGAACCGGCCUUCGAGAAGGAGGGAAUCAUCAGUUACGAACUGCAUUACAGAGAGGGCAGGCAGGAAUCUCAGGUAAAGAAAACAUUCGGCCCAACCUCUUCCUAUGUGGUGGAGGGUCUACGUGCAAAUACAGAGUACUUCUUCUCUCUGGCUGCCGUCUCCAACAAAGGCAUUGGAGCCUUCACCAACGAAAUAUCCCAAAGGACAUCCCAAGCCAGUAUGUAG